CUUUCGGUAGGAGGUGGAGGAAUGCUACUCGGCUUCAUGACUGGAUUAAAGAGACAUGGAUGGGAAGAUAUUCCAAUCAUAGCUGUCGAAACUUUCGGAGCUCACUGUCUGAAUAAAUCAAUAAUAGCUGGGAAAAGCGUUGACAAUGUGAUGACAAGCAUAGCAAAGACACUUGGCGCUCCAUCUGUAGCACCUAAAGUAUUGGAAAAUCUACCCAAUUUUCGUGUAAUAUCCGAAGUUCAACCAGACUCGGCAGCAAUUGAGGCGUGCUUAAAGUUUUCAGAUGAUCAUGCAUUUUGCGUAGAGCCAUCUUGUGGGGUUACUCUCUCUGUUAUCUAUGAAGGACUUCUGCCUGGAAUAAUGGAGAGAAACGGAUUUGAACUGCUUCCAGAUAGACCAGUGUAGUAUUAGUU